CCUGGUUAAAUAAAGGUGAAAUAAAAAAAUAAAAUAAAAAAUGUUACUAUACAUACUGUAUGGAUUCCAUUAGAACACAUGGUAUAGAUGUUACUAUACAUACUGUAUGGAUUCCAUUAGAACACAUGGUAUAGAUGUUACUAUACAUACUGUAUGGAUUCCAUUAGAACACAUGGUAUAGAUGUUACUAUACAUACUGUAUGGAUUCCAUUAGAACACAUGGUAUAGAUGUUACUAUACAUACUGUAUGGAUUCCAUUAGAGCACAUGGUAUAGAUGUUACUAUACAUACUAUAUGUUAAGGCUCUAAGUCUAUGCUCUAUCCCCAGCUCCCCUGGUGUGACCUAAGGCUCAGCCGACAUCAUGGCCAUCUCUCCCACUGUAACCCUACACCUGGACGAUGGUGUGGUGCGUGGUCUGGACCUGCAGUCCUGUGCUGCCCAGCUGUGUAAGGGACAUGGUCAUUGUGUGGCUCAGGGCCAGGCCACCACCUGUGAGUGUAUCCUGGGGUACAGAGGAGAGUUCUGCCAUGAGAGUGUCAAUGAGGAAAUCAGGAUUCCGCUCACCCUGGGGGUGUUGGCCUUAAUCGUUGGUAUCCUCAUCCUGUCCUUCCUCAUUUCUUUCAUCAGGCAGAGGGUCAAGGCCAAAAGGCGGAAAGCUGCAGCCAAGGAUUCCAACGGGGUAGAGAAAGGCAUUCUGUUGCACCAUCAUACUCAAGGUUAGGUUGACUGUCCACAUCAGAGCACAUCCUCUUCAUCAGGCUUUAUCCCCGCUGCUGGAGUCUCCAUCUGGAUGUUGGUGAGAACACAGUGGAAGCCUGGUCAUGGACCUUUGGAACGCACAACCGCGUUGUUCAUUCUAUGUAGAUAAAAUGCUAUUAUGUUCUUGAAUAAUUAUAGUAGAAGCACUGCGAACAAAAUGUUUUAUUAUUUUAAUUUUUUAAGCUUUGUUAUUGUAUCUGAAUUUACAUAUGGAAAUGUUUAAACCUGGGCAAAUUCACAUUAAACACUGUUUACUUCA